GUAGCACUAGCACGCAUGCUCCCGCGCAUGCCAGAGUGGAGCGAAAGUGCACUCUCAUCAUUCAGUGAUUCACACGGCCAUAUUGAUCUGUGCGUUGGAUUGCAGGUGACCCGGCUCCGCGUCGUCAAGUCAAGAUUACAGCAAAAACAACUCGGGGAAUCAGAAUUCAGACUGAUGCCCCCCAAAAGAUAUGGUUUUUUCAGGAUUUUCUUGACCAUUUACUACACGUCCUCUCUGACUGACUGACUGAUUAAACAAGCUUUGCUUUCUCAAUUCCAAUCAUCCCCGGUCUCUUCUCCUUCUUCUUCCUCCCUCUGCUCUGGUCACAUCGAUCGUGCAAAUGGAUGACACCUCUCUCCCUCCAUUGGCAUGUUGCAGGCGUAUAUGACUAGCUAAGCAAGCAACCAAAUCACUACUACGUACUUGAACUUGUCGCGAGUAAAGAGCUCGCGGAGACGACGACCAGCACAGUGAACUGGCUCACGGGCUGCUGCCUACAUGCACCAGCUCGUCCUCUUCUUGCACCUCCUCCUCUUCCUCCCCGAUGCAACCUUCUCCGCACCGGCCGCCGGGUCGUCGUCGUGCAACCGGCAGUGCGGCAGCACCACGGUGCCGUACCCUUUCGGCUUCUCCGGCGGCGGCGGCGGCGGCUGCCCGAUCCUCCUAGCCUGCAACGCCACCACGUCCACGGCGCUGCUCCCGCGCAGCACGGCGGCGGACCCGUACCCGGUGCUCUCGUUCAACGCCACGGCCUCCACCUUCCUGGUCUCCCUCGCGCCGUCGUGCGGCCGCAGCGUCGCCGAGGCCAGGGCGGCGCUCGACGGCGGUGGCGGUGGCGGUGGCGGCUACGGCGUCUCCUCCCGCACGGGGCUCUUCCUCCGCGGCGGCUGCACGGGGUCGGGUUCGAAUUCGAGUUCGAACGCGAGCAGCUGCAACGUGCCAUCGGGCGCCAUGUCGGCCAUCCUGCGCACGGCGCAGUGCGGCGGCGGCGGCAACGACGACACGUCCUGGACGUGCGUGCUCUCCGCGCCGCCGGCGCCGGGGAGCCCCGCCGCGACGAUGGGCGAGGAGCAGUUCUUGGGCUGGGACAAGGUGGCCGCCGCCGGGUGCCAGGACGCGCUCACCUCGGCCGUGUACGCGUACACGGCGCAGGGCGUGCCGUCGAUCAUGUUCGGCAUCGCGGAGAUGGGCUGGUGGCUCAACGGGAGUUGCGCCGGGCAGUGCGCGGCGAACGCGACGUGCCAGGACGUGCAGACGCCGAGCGGGGCGUGGGGACACCGGUGCGCGUGCGCGGACGGGAUGUCCGGCGACGGGUUCGCCGCCGGCGAUGGGUGCCGCUACGACGACGCGACGAGCGCAGGCAGCUCCAAGAAAAAGGUUUUCCUCAUAGCAGCAGGUGUUCUGGCGGGCGUGGCGGCGGCGGCCGGCUUGCUUCUGCUGUGGCGGCGGCGAUGCCGACGUUACAAGGCCGGGCGGUCCGCGUCGGAGCGGCUGGCGGCGAUGCGGCUGCUGUCGGAGGCGGCGGCGUCGAGCGGCGUGCCGGUGUACUCGUUCGCCGAGAUCGCGCGCGCCACCAACUCCUUCUCGCACACGCACCGCCUGGGCACGGGCGCGUACGGCACCGUGUACGUCGGCAAGCUCCCGGGCAGCAGCAGCGCGCCGGCGGCGGCGCUGGUGGCCAUCAAGCGCCUGCGCUGCCGCCUCCACCACGACGACGACGACGCGGCGGCGGAGGCGGCGCUGCUGCUCAACGAGAUCAAGCUCAUCUCCGCCGUCAGCCACCCCAACCUGGUCCGCCUCCUCGGCUGCUGCCUCGACCGCGGCGAGCAGGUGCUCGUCUACGAGUACGUGCCCAACGGCACGCUCUCCCAGCACCUCGUCUCCUCCUCCUCCGGCGGCGGCGGCGGCGUACGCAGCCGGCUGACGUGGCGCGCGCGGCUGGGCGUCGCGGCGGAGACGGCGGCGGCCAUCGCGUACCUGCACGGGAUGCGUCCCCCCAUCUUCCACCGCGACGUCAAGUCCAGCAACAUCCUCCUGGACGGCGCGCUCCGCCCGAAGCUCGCCGACUUCGGGCUGUCCCGCGCCGUCGACCGCCUGGAGGCGGCGCGGUCGCACGUGUCCACGGCGCCGCAGGGCACGCCCGGGUACGUGGACCCGGAGUACCACCAGAACUUCCACCUCUCCGACAAGAGCGACGUGUACAGCUUCGGCGUCGUGCUGCUGGAGCUCAUCACCGCCAUGAAAGUGGUCGACUUCGACCGCCCGCCCGCCGAGGUCAACCUCGCGUCCCUCGCGCUCGACCGCAUCGGCAAGGGCAGGGUGAGCGAGAUCGUCGACCCGGCGCUCCUCGCCGGCGACGAGGACUGGGUCAUGGGCUCCGUCCGCCUCGUCAGCGAGCUUGCGUUCCGGUGCCUAGCGUUCCAGAAGGACGUCCGGCCGUCCAUGAGCGAGGUCGCCGCCGAGCUGCACCGGAUCAGGCUCGCCGCCCCGGACGUCGACGGCGACUCCGAGUCCGAGGAGCCCGGGUCGAGGCUCCGGCCUGUGAAUAUGAUGGACAUCCAGAUCGACGUGAGCUUGGACGGGCCGGACGCAGUGGCCAAGAAGGCGGCGGCUUCGCCGGUGUCCGUGCAGGAGGUGUGGGUCAGCGACCACAGCUCGCCGUCGACCAACGGCUCCAUGCCGCGCUUUGCUGCAUAGCGUAAGCUAUAGAGGUCUUGUACUGUUGUACACUGAUGAGGAAACCAAUGUGAUUUUAACAAAAAUUUUGUCCCUCAUUUUCUCAAGUAAAAUUCAGUGUCCAAGAUGCCCUCCAUUGUUGUAUAGCUACAAUUUUUUUAAAAAAAAAACAUAAUGUACUGUGCAGCGUUAUCUCA